AUGAGUUCCCAGCCGACGCCCUCAGCGUUACCGGACGCGGGGCCGCAGACGCCUCGCUUUACUACCCUCGCGAUCGUCAUCUUCUUUAGCAUCACCGGCUUGCUCGUCCUCUUUUUCCUCGUGGGCCUGUCCAUCGCCUGUACCCGAGCACGACGGCAUCCCGAGCGGUACGGGCCCCGGGCGGCAGCUCCAGGCCGGGUACGGCAGACCCGGAACAAAGGGCUGGCGAUGGCCGUGCUGGAAAGCAUCCCCAUCGUGCGCUUUGGGGUCAAGACCGAGACCUCCGAGAAGGACGUCCAGAAGGAUGCGGAGCUCGGGGAGGCCGGGCUGGGAGAGGACGUCUCGGGUACGACGCGGAACAAUCCCCACGGGAAGGGCGACACCAUCGACGACGACGACGACGAUAAUCACAACAGCAGUAACCAUAAUAACAAAAACAACAGCAGCGAUCGAACCGAGGCGGAGGACAUCGCUGCCGACAAGAUCAUACCGGAGAUCAGGCAUCCGGUCAAGGAGGAACCGGAGCAGCGCCAGCCGGGCUUCGAGUGCGCCAUCUGCAUCGCAGACUUUGUCGAGAACGAGGAGGUCCGCCUCCUCCCCUGCAGCCACACAUUCCAUCCAGCAUGUGUAGACCCGUGGCUCCUGAACGUCUCGGGGACAUGUCCCAUCUGCCGCUACGAACUCGAACCAGGCUCUUCAUCCAAUCCCCCCUCAGACAGCACAAGUCCUCCGGACGCAGCAGCAGCAGCAGCAACAACAACCACCACCACCACCACCACACCCACACCCGCGCCGCCCGAUCGCGAAACCAACACCAGUAAUAGUCACGACAACCCCGCCGCGCCGCCGGACGCCACCCCCGCCGCCGCGACGUCCCUCGUGCCGCCCCCCAGCGACCGCCGCAUGUCGAUCCGCGCGCGCCUGCGCGAGAUCCGGGGCACGUCGCAUUCCGGGCCGGAGUACAUCUCCGCGCUGCGCCGCCUGUACCAGGAGCACGAGCAGCGGCGGCACAGCGCGUCCUCGUCGCGCCGGUCGUCCCACUCGGCGCCGAGACGGCCGAGCGAGACUGUGAUGGGGGGCGCGCUCACCGUGGGUUGA